AGGUCUGUUUUUGUAGCCAGCCCAGUAGCCCCGCGACCUGUGCUUGCAACCUUCAACUGGUGUGCCAUGGCUCGUAUUGCUGCCUUGUGCGUCUUGGCUGCUGCCCUUUGCAUGCUCCGAAACAUUGCCUUUGUCUCAGCGCCUGCGCGCACCACCGCAGACCCCGCAGUGGCAGCUGGUGCAGCGGUGUUGGCAACUGUGCCAAUGGGAGCAGAUGCCUUCGUCUUCAAGGGCAAGGAGUACUUUGACGUCUUCUAUGGCAUUGAGCCUUUGGCCUGGGCCUUCUGCGGCUUUGUCAUCGUCUACUAUGGCGCUGUUGUGAAGAACGCUGCGCAAAAGUACAACGUCCCCAUCCAGAAGAUUCCUCCCAAGGUCGGGGCCUUCGUUGGCAAGGAGGUUGAGGUGGAGGUCUUGAACAGGCGUGGCAUCCCGAAGCAGUGAUGCGUCACUGUGGGCGACUUUUUUCGGAGCCUUUCUACGCCAAAGCGCGCCGUCGGCCUGGCACCA